UGUAUUGUGCAGAAUAUGAGCAUCUUACUAGUUGGUCCUAUCCCACCUUGCAUGAAAUACAACGCGGACUAUGACCUGUCUGCCAAGGAGGGAGCUGACACCCUGGCCUUCGUCUCGUUGCUGGAGCAGAAGCUGCUGCCUGCGCUGAUCUACGCCCAGUGGGUGGACUCAAAGAACUACGUGGACGUGACGCGCCGCUGGUACGCCGAGAACAUCCCCUUCCCGCUCAACUUCUACCUGCCCAACCGCAUGCACGCCCGGCAGCUGGAGCGCCUCAGGCUGGUGACGGGGGACAGCGGGCUGGAGCCCGGCGAGGAGAUCGAGAAGGAGCUGUAUCGCGACGCCCUGGAGUGCAUGACCCUCCUCUCUCAGCGCCUCGGGCAGCACAAGUUCUUCUUCGGGGACUCGCCUUCCUCGCUGGACGCCUACGUGUUCGGACACCUGGCCCCCCUGCUGAAGGCCAAGCUGCCCAACAGCAAGCUGCAGCAGCACCUGCAGUCCCUGGACAACCUCUGCCAGUUCUGCACCAGCAUCCUGCAGUUGUACUUCCCCAGCGAGGGCAGCGGUGAGCCGGCCGGCCCUCCCUUCCCAAUCCUUUUCCUCCUUUUCCGAGCUGGAGCUUUCCCGCUCGUCACCUGCGUUCAGCACUCUGCACUGUUAUUUUAG